CUCGCCAGCGGCUCCCGCCCCGUCGCGCUUAUCCGCUCGCUCGCCCCCUCCCUCCCUCCAUCGCUGCACUCGACCUCGUCGGCUGGCCUUCAUAAGCAGCCCUCCAUAACCAGAGGCAGGUUUUAGUUCUGGCCGACACGAGACGGGGUUGGUUUUGUACGAGGAGUGAAGUGGUUUGAGAGCCGGCAAGUUUGCAGUUGUGUGUUGAGGUUCUUUUAGAUUUUAAUUGCCAUUCUGCAGUCCCUGGGGCGUGGAAGAAGUCGGGAGGAUUGGUACGCUGAAUAUGGACGAACUGUGGAUAGAGAACCUGCUGUAUCAUCGUCUGCUCACCGUGUUUGAGAGGAUUUCUGUGUCGUCCAGGUUUUAGCGAUUGGCUUCUGGUGAAGUUUUAGAAAGUUUUCUUCGAGCGGAGCGUUUGCGAUCAAAAGAGGCGUUAGGGUUCGAAUAGAUUAGGAGCAGAAGUUUUCUCUGCCUUGCUGUAGAUUGACAGGCGUGGACGGACGAGGCUUGACAGGCGCUCGAAUCUGGUUUAGUUGAAGAAGCAUUGUUCUCGAGGCAAUUGUCCAAUUUGGUUGUUUAGUUGCGCUCGAACUCGGGUUUGCCUGCUAUCGGACGGUAGGAAGGUGGUAUGCUCAUGGCUGGGAUUGCCCUGUACUCCAGCUCGCCCCCUGCGGCAAUUUGGACUACGCAAAGUUCUGUGACCUGCUCUACCUCAUCUGUGUAUGACAUCGACUGUCUUAGUCGGACUUCUCUUAAUAGCCCUGCUACGAGACCACUGGGGGGAUUGAGUGGCCUUUUCUCGAGCCCCUCAGGCAAGCCCUCUUGUUUGUCUCCCUGCUCUCUCGGUGAUGGUGUGGAUUAUUCUUCAAUCAAUUGCGGGGCUGCUCUUUCACGCAGUUCCUCGCAGAAUGAUUUGACUCACAAUGUUGGGGCCUGGGACAUCACCGACAGCCGCAGUGGAUCUAUUAGUAUUCCAACCGUGUCUUCAUGUCGUUUGAAAGAGCGGAGUCCUGUAUCGGUACUUCAUGGCCCGCCAUCUCGAAGCAGUCACCACAAUUCGCCCAUCUACUCGCUGAUUGCAUGGGAUAGCGCUGCGAGCACUGCAGGUCUUCCACCGUUGGAUCCCCACAUAGAACGGCACAGCAGGAGGAGAAGCUCUCUGUCUGUAGACGAACGUCGGCCACUGUCGAGAAGCGUGGGCUUCGAAGUCGGCGGCGAUGGCAAUCUUGUUGGGUAUCAGACCAGACUUACGACUCCCGAUUCUUCCACAGGGGGCGCGCCCCUCUCGUCUGAUAUUGAGAAAGGGAGCAAAGGUCGGUAUUUUUCUCGGGUUGAAGGGUUCAAUCGAUCUAACGAGGGUGCCGAGGUGAAUUCCGAAGGAGAAGUGCAGGAUCUACAGGAAACAAGGCGGAGAUUGUCAAGGCUUGCGGAGUCUCCGCUUCCCUCUUCCCCCCCUAGGAAUACAAGUUCGGUUACAUCAGCGGAUGAUUUGUUGUCUUAUGCCAAGGCCCGACAUAAGAUUUUCGAAGACCCCGUCGUCAUCAAGGCUUUCCAGGUCGCAGAAGAAGCCCACAAGAAUCAAGUUAGGCGAAGCGGGGAUUCGUACCUAUCGCAUUGUGUAGAAACAGCUAUUCUCCUCGCGCAGACCGGCGCAGACUCAACUGUGGUGGCAGCGGGACUAUUGCACGAUACCUUAGAUGACUCAUCUGUAGAUCAGGAACAACUUCGAGCAGUGUUUGGUUGUGAAAUUGAGUACCUUGUUGCUGGGGUGUCAAAGUUGAGUACGUUCAGUCAGUUAGCGCGGGAUAAUGACACCGCUGGGAACCCGGAAGAAGCUGACCGCCUGCGAACUAUGUUCAUAGCAAUGGUAGAUGUCAGGGUGGUUCUGAUCAAGCUUGCAGAUCGUCUUCACAACCUGAGGACUUUGGACUUCUUGUCUGCUGACAAGCAGAUUCGUAUUGCUGAGGAAUCUCUGGAAAUAUUUGCACCUCUUGCAAACAGAUUAGGAAUUUGGAGCUGGAAAGCAGAGAUCGAAGACACAUGCUUCAAAUAUUUGAAGCCACAGGAGCAUCAGGAAUUGGCUUCGAAAAUGGCACAUGGCUGGCAGGCGAAUGUUGUUUUGUCCUCCAUUCAGCAGUUGGAGGAGGCUUUGCGGGUGGAGGGAGUUGAGUUCACGGACAUUUGCGGCCGCCCAAAAAACCUUUACAGUAUCUACAGGAAGAUGCUCAGGAAGGGACGGAGCAUUGAUGAGAUUUUUGAUGUUCGUGGACUGAGGUUGAUUGUGAAGGACAAGGAAAGUUGUUAUGCUGCUUUGGAAGUGGUCCAUCGUUUAUGGUACAACAUUCCUAAGAAGUGCAAGGACUACAUUAGCCAACCGAAGUCCAACGGCUAUCAAUCGCUUCACACGGUCAUUGUUGGAGAAGAUGGUCAUCCUUUGGAGGUACAGAUCAGGACAAUGGAAAUGCAUCAUCAAGCGGAGUAUGGCAUGGCCGCCCACUGGAGGUACAAAGAGAACAAUAGCAAACAUUCCUCGUUUCUCCUGCAAAAAGUGGAGUGGGCAAGAUGGGUUCUUACUUGGCAUAGUGAGAUUCUGGACACCAAGCUGCGGGUAUCAUCUAUGCGAGCAGACUUAAGGCCGCCAUGCCCUUUUCCAGAGCACAGUGCCGACUGCCCUUAUGCUCUAGGCUGUUCACUACCACCACAAAGUGACGAUGAUCCACUGUUUGUCAUCGUGGUAGAGGACGAUAAUAUGACUGUUCAGGAACUGCCCCCUGGUUCUACCGUGGCGGACUUGAUGGUGGACUCGGUGUCCGAUCGAGAUUCUGUCUCUGCCUCAAGCAACCUUCUUUCUCGAAAAUGGUCCCCUCCCAAGGUGAACCAUCAAUUUGUUGAAAACCUUCAACAUAAGUUGAGAAUGGGAGAUUAUUUGGAGCUGAGUCGGGAGCAGGAAGUCAAGCCUUUGAUAGUUCCUGCACCCAAAAGAGAGUUGGAAAUUGUUCAUUCAAAGUCAGGGAAACUUUUUGGCGAGAUUGCCCUGGAGUUUCAAAGAGAGCAGCUCAAGCGGCUGUACAUGGAUGAAGUUGGUUGUAGCGAGGAGGCCCGAAGAAGUCAGCAGGCCGUUAAGGAGCAAAACGCGAGUAUCGCGAGUUUUUCGUAGAAGCCAGACUUACACCUUGUAUCAUAACUUACCUUUGGUACCAGUGAGCAGCUUGGCCCAUUGUACAUAUUGUUCAUAAUUCAUGAUGUUAGGGCUUUCGCUGUUGGGGAGAAUUGAUUGAUUAGUCGAAUUAUUCUUUGCCCUGGAAAGAAUAGGUGGGGUAAAUGCACAUUGCACUACAGCCCUGAAUUUUGUAUAGCUGCAGCUCUGUCCUUCGGAAUUGGCAAUUCAGAGGAUUGUCUUCAUGCCUUUAUUUUAUUGUACAUAGAAAACGGUCUGGACAGUUCUGCCAGGCGAUCGAUGGAGAGACUUUCACUUUGAACGUCUUUGCCAGGUCAUUGGCUGUACCCCCGAAAAAUUCUUUGUAAAUCUUGAUGGUGAAUCAUCACCGCUGUUGGAGAAGACCUUUUGUAAACAAGAGUGGAAUAUGGUAAGCCUUUUAUAAGUGAUGUUAACGAGUGGGUAUUAUCUACUGACUCGAAAGAGUUUCGUACAUCUUUGUACUAAAUCUAGAGUUACAUUUCUGCUGUGGCGUGGUCAUCUAUGCAAACAGUGGAAGGUUACCGAGGUGGUAUGCCAUUGGUGUUGGUUGCUGUCCUACGGCAUUGCAUGUUUCUCCACUUCUGCAAGUAUGCGUGUUUGAUUCCGAAGCACAAAUUUUAUUCUUUUCUGAUACCCAAAAUAGUGGAUCCAUACUCUUCGAUCUCUAUCGGCUUCUUCUGAUACACCAAUCUCGGAGAACGAGCGGCAUAUUGUGAAAAUGGGGUACAAAAACAUGAGUUCGCGGAGAACCAGGCAAACUACCAAACCGUCGACGGUAGUUGCAAAAGUGACGCGCCGGGAAGACAAGACGAAUCGAAGGUAAACAACGGAGAUUUGAGAUUUCUCAAAUGCCAUGAUUCAACCAUAUAGUGAGUUAUCUAAUCUUCAUAAUGUAGUAGUUUACUUUGUUGCGUUCUAACUCGCAACCAGCCGUUCGCGUGAUACUCAAACAAGAUUGUCGUAGCACACAGAAGAGUUUGCGGUGUGACUUGUCUCUAAGCAAGCCCAACAAGAUAAGACGGUGCAGGGAGCGUAAAUAUGAACACGAGGAAGAAGAGAGGUUACGUGAAUGUGCAUCCUUUUGAAAGAUCUUAAUUCCUUGUAGGGGGGGGGGGAGAGGGGGGGGGGGGGAAAGGAAUAAUGAAAGAAAGCGCAAGUACUCAAGAAGUACGGGAAGAUGAGGAAAAUAGACAGAAAAAUGAUUCGUCUGAAGGAAGGAAAGCACAAUCGGAGAACAAACGUCGGCCAAAUGGGCAGUUGAAGAUUGACAUUAGAUGCAGGCUGAUCGUUGAACUUUACGAGUGUGCACCUCGGUAGCAAAUUAAAAACCUCUUGAUCCAACGUCCAACUUUUGUGAUCAAUUUGGUAACAAACGAACAGUUUUACACAACCGAACUAAUUCGAUCAAUCUUCGACCUAAAGCACAGGCAACAGCGUUUUUAUAUUUGCAAUCGAAUCUAAAGCAAUCCGGGCAGCACUUGUGUAACUUGACUUGACUUAUAAUUGCCAAAGCCGACCACUCGUCAAAGUCGGUGGACCCAGGAAGUUCAGAAGGCCACCGACUCGAAAAACGUAAAGCUGUCAAUUAUGCAGAAUGCCUCUAAAGCCGACGGGCGCACUUGCAGCUUCCGGCGCGAGGAAGGUCGGUGGUAGCGGGAGCACAUCACGAGUCAUUCAUUAUUGGACUUCGGUUGCGAGCCGAGGCCUUACGGUUUCGGAACGCUGCGUCUAGAUACUUAGACCCAAAUUGCGCUGCGCAAUGUCAUUCACCGGUGGGAAGCAGAUGGCGGGACGAGGCAUCUGACAGCUUUGAUCGGUGGGGGAGCAAGCAAGCGCGAGAGGGGACGAGGGCACGAGGGAGGCGGCGCUGCGAUCUGCCAGAUUCUUCCCUCUCCAGCGAAGGAAGAUCUGAAGCCUUCAGAGCUCGACCCUUUGCCCGAUAUCGGCCUCCAUUAUCCAGAUCGCCCAAGAGUUGGGAACCUCUGUAGCACACGAUAUUCCCCCCUCCCAAGAUUCCUGGAAAGCUCCCUCCAUUUCUAGGGCCAGCAGCGAUUCGGUCUAAUUCCGGCACUUUCCCGGGGACUGCUGGGAAGGUGACGCCUGCUUGGCGCCCGACCGCGGUGACUCGGUCUGACAGGCCGUCUGUGGUGGCAGCCGCUCUCGCAGGUUCUCGUUAGGCGGAACUGGCGGUUGACGUCACGUAGGACUCUUUUGCUGACCAAGUCCGCUGAUGUGGCCUUCUCGGGCCCCAAUUCCGGCACGAUUUGCUGAGGUGGUGCACAUGGUCCCCACCCGCUCUGUGCUGGAGGCGGGCAUGUGACAAACUCGCCCACGCUUUUUGGGCGGGCCAGGUGCGAUUGACGGACUUCUGCGUGGCUCAUUCGUCCCGGCCGAAUCCUGUGAACGGCAUCUCUUGUGCCCCGACGCCGGUGAGAGCGUGGCAUUCCGGUCUUGGCAUCCAGCACGAUCUCCAAAUUUAGAAUGCUCCACCUCCACCUGUCCUGACCUCUUGCGUAUUGUCCCUAUGGAGGGGUAUCCGAGUAACUAUGUACAAAAGUACGAGAUUUCAUCAAAUCCAUCGCAUCUUCAGAGGAUGAAACCAUGAGUAAAAGAACAUUCAUGACCUUAGAUUACAAUUUUUUGGAGUGCUAUCAAUGCUGCUUGGCGAGUGUGUCCAUCGUCAUCAACGAGAGCACCGUUUGAGCAGUUUACACAAUGUGGAGAUUGCCUGACGUCAAUCCUAUUAACGAAUGACUUUCUACAUCGUUUAGCACUUGGCUGAAUUGGACAACAGAAUUGAACUUUAUGGACUUUAUCCCUCUGCUUGUUUGAUGACGAGGAUGGCGCGAUGUUGAAUUACAUGACCCGGAUUAAUGCACUCCAGUACCACGUUACAGACUGGACGCAGAUUUCUCUCUCCAUAGGUUCUUAGAGCAAGGGGCCUGGAGCCAAACAAGGAUUAGUUCCAUAAGACAUUAGUGUGGAUCGAAUACUGGAACAAUAAUAAUUUCUUUCAGC